AUGAACAGGCAAACACUCGCUGUCGACAAAACCUCCGAACGGAUCCGUGUUGCGUUUACCACGCAGCCACGGAAGGAUGUGUGGGCGUCAGUCAUCUCUGUCCCUGACACGAAUGGUUACAAGAACCGAACCAACGUUUAUACGCACCCCACCGGGCUUGGUGCCAACAACAUGACAACACGAGCCAACGUUGACUUCUCUACACUUGUUGAGGAGCUCAAGUCCACCAACGUACAGAGUUGGAGCCACGACGUCCGUGUGUUAUGGGAACAAACGUUUGGUAAAGCUCCACCAAGAGUGGAACCAAAGACAAAGAAGCGGAAGCAAGAGGAGGAGAGUGAGGGAGAUGCGCCAAAGCGAAAGCAAGGUCGGGUCAAGUCUGGGUCGAAGCGCAAAGCAAAGACCGAGCACGACGAACGCCCGUCCGCGAAAAAAACUCGGGCCCAGUCGCUUUCACACGACGCAGCUGAACCCAUCAAAGUUGAAGACCACGAUGCGAUGAUGGCGCGAUUCCUCGAUUUGACAGAGAAGCUCACCGACGAGGAGGUGGGCCAAGUUGCCACGAUCAUACAAGCUCAGUAUAAUUACAACGAGGAACCGCCUACCGAUCUACUACGGCAGGUCAGGGAGGAUGGCUUGGCCUACAUGGACAUAGGCUCGGAUGAAGACGCCAGCGAUAUUUUCAAGAAGAACCCGUCGUACAUGGCGUGGGUGAAAGAAGUCCAGGUUGCUCCUCCCCCGGCAAAAGUGCCUAAUCCGUUGGACACGCUGGAUGAUCUACUCCAGAGGAUAUACGACCUAGAAGUGCGCAUGCCAUCGUUCAUGCCUGCUAACAUGGCGCGAUACAACAACAGCCUGAAGGAAGAUUGA